CGCAAUUCCUCUGGCCGGUAUCCUGUUGCGAGCCAUGGCGUCGUCGAUUCGGCUGCCUCCGUCAUGUCUUCUUCUGGUCUCCAGAUCCAGCAAUGCCAUCCCUCGAUUAUAUGAUUCGGGUGCUUCGUCGUUAUCGACUACGGCAUCAUGUCAACGGCGACUGUUUUCUUCGUCCAAGCAGAGGCCAGCCCAGCCCAGGAUGCGUGGAGUUCCGCAAAGGCUGUCUGUGGCUCAACCUGCUCAGCCAACUAUGAAGACAAGAAGUAAAGAUAUCUCGAGAAGUGAUCUACCUCAGGACCUCGGGCUGUUGCCGGGUACAUUCAUUCGGCCGCUCUGGCGGGAUAUGCCUUCUAUUUUCCAACAGCCACGGGAACGACUGGCAAUUGAGUGGCUAUCGGUAAAAGUUGCUUUUCAAAAUUUUUUGGGACUGAUUUACUAUUGCAAAACGGGAGAGAGGGGCCUUCCACUCAACCUGAAGGAGCGGCGAUUAAUAGGGCGCGAACUACACCAACGGAUGUACAACGCUUUUGCGAGGGGCGAUAUCUUCUCUUUACGCAAGAUUUGUUGUACCGGUCUCGCAAACAGUCUCAGUUCUCAAAUCGAACGCCGCGCGAGAAAUGAGAGAGUAACUUGGGAUCUACAAAAAUACAUUCGCGGCCCAGCAACUUUCUUUACUGGAAUCCGCGUCGUAUCGGAUCGCGCAACACAGAUUCCAGAGUUGGAAGACUCGGGUGUCCGGCAAGUUAUAUUGCGCAUUACCAGCAGACAAUCUACCAGCAAGUACACCGUUCCGUCCAAACGCGAAGCAGAGAAUUCUACUCCGACGCUUAAAAGUGCCCCAGUGAUCAAGGACUGCACGGAAUAUAUCGUUAUCCAGAAGUUACGGUGGGCUGGAGAGGAAGGCGAAUGGCGCAUUUGGGGUCAUGCCACUCCCUCUACUGUCGAGGACCUCGAGAGCCCCAUGUUCUCCACAAAGCUUAGCCUCUACGAGCGUCUGAUGGCAUUAAAAGACGAGGUAGAAGGGGGCCGCAGGUGAAUACCUGUCGUAGUCAACUGGAUUAUGUUCCCGCGUAACCAACUCUGCGGUGGUUUAGAGGACCUAGAGCAUUCUAGAUGCCUUGCCUUGUCUUGCCAGUCGAAGACUAGGCCUCUGUUCUUCACGGGCGGCGUUUAAAGGGAGUUUUCGCGAAGACACAAGGGAACCGUACAAAGGAAGGAAACUUGUUAGGUGGCGGAGAGCUCUGGGUUGGGAAGAAGAAAAGAUCUACCUACCCUUUUGAGGCCAUGUCUCAUGUAUUCAUAGCAUUUUCGAUUUAUUUUUUUUAUUGUACAUUCAUUCUAUCUUUCUCUGCGAAGUUAAGCUGCACUGCCA